UCGCCCAGAAGCAUUCUUGGAAUAUUUGCGCGCUUUGACGAAAUAAACCGGGAGAACAUACGGUCGUUCGACACAACCUUUAAACGGGGUACCACUUUAACAUCUCUCCCCUCCUUUACUUAUAUCGCGUUGCUGAAGAAGUUGACAGAGCUCAUCAAGAAUUUAUUCAAAAUGUCGAGCGAAGUUUUGCUUAAGGUUCGUGAGAGAAUGCAAAAGAUGAAAGACAAAAUUGAAGAUGCUGAAAAUAGGGAACACGACGCCAAAGAGGAAUGCAAAGAGGUGGAGGCGACAUUGGGCCAGAAUGAAACCGACGUUGACUCGAUGAAAAAGCGAAUUCAGCUCCUUACGAAAGAGCUGGAUGAGAAGAAUGCUCUAUUAGAGGAGAGAAAAAUGAAAAGUGGCCAAUUAGAGGAAAAGUACGAGAAGGAGAACGAAGUUGUUCGCGAGCUUGAGAACGUCGAGAUCGGCGAGGAUGAAAGGAUGCACGAAUUGGAGACGGAUUUGACCGAGACGAGUCAAAAAGCGGAGCAACUGGAACUACAAAAUACGGAACUGAGGCAAAAACUUGGCCAGUUAGAGAACGAGAUUCAAAAGGUAUGAGCCAGCUUUUACUAUAAAAUUGUAAACUGCUCUCCAAAGCAUGGUUGUUUAUCGUCGUUGAAUUACGUUACUGAAGAAACUUACCGUUCCGUCAGCUUAAAAAGAGAAAAAUAUUUUCAAAAUUGAAUUCUUUCUGUAUUUUGUACAAAAAUUAGCGCCGACUGAUGAAAGAUAAAGCACACGAUGUAGUUAAAUCUUUCAGUUGCUUAUCGCAACGACCAAUUGGUGAACUAAUCAGUGAUCUCGAAAGCUCAUAAGUUAUGUGGAUAGGAAUCUACGGUAAUAGAUACUUUGAUACCUUCACAUCCGAAUGAAAAUAUGCCAGAUGGCUGAUUUUUAUCGCGGUAACGACUUUUCAAUUUUCUAGCGUCCAAAGAACUGAAAAAUUUAUUAGGCAUUUUCUCUGAUAAGAAAAGCUGAAUUGCGUCGAGGAGCCUUCUUUAGGUCGAUCGAAAAGUAAACAAGCUUUAGUGCAAGGGUCGAAGUAAACAGAGCUAUUGUUUUUGUGUCACUGAAGCGGAAUAACUCGAGGGCUUCGAUUACAUGAAACACUAUGUGUUGCAGCCGAUUUGAAAGCUUUUGUUUGUACACUCGAAAUCAAGUACAUCCAAUCUACAUUUGCUCGGUUCACUGUAUGAGUAAUAUUUCCAUGAACUAUCAUGAAAGGGACGCGGAGACAUAGUAGACAUGGUAUACUUAUCAUUGAGUACUAAUUAUUUUUGUAGAUAAAGUCUGUCAGAUUUAAAUCAGGACAAUCCAUCAAUGUAUCAAUUUCAGUUUUUCCGGCGUUUUUGUUUCAAUAAUAUUGCGUUCUAAUCCACAAAAUGAACAGCUCUGCAAACAGCUGGCUGACAUUUAGACGCGAAAUUUUUUUUUUUAUGUCUAACCCCCCCUCACCCCCACUCUUCUCCGAUCUCUUCUCCGACGUGACAAUAUUUUCGGAAAUUUCUUUAAUCUGUGAGCCGAAAAAGUCAGACAAUAGGAUUAAUCAAACCAUGCGGAUAAUUACAACCACAACAAUUGGGCCGCAUUUAAAAGUUAAACCUUACACUUUCAAAACAGAAAACGAAUAUAUCCAAAAACGAAUUAAAGUCACGAGAAAGACAUUGACAUGAUCUCUCAACGAAGAAAAGCGUCAUUAUACUUCAGAUAGAAUUGCAGAAUUGUUUCUCAAGGGAAACGGUUUGAGUGUGGUCUACUGUAACGCUCAAAAUAGACCUUCAGAUAUGACAAUUCUUUUUCGCUCAAAUUACGUGCCAUUUAUCACUACGAGUUAUUUAUGUCUUGCGCUUUGGAAAAUAAUCUCUUCAGUUAAUUCUUAAUGAGAUCAGAUUAAACCUCGCCUCUUAUCUUCUCAAUAAAUCGUAAAAGCGAUGCUCGUUGGCUCAUUCACAGAUGUACCGAAUACCAAAGAUCCAAACCGAUAAAUAGAUGAUCCGAACUUUCUGUGCUAAUACGAGCUGAUUAGUCUUAAGCAGUUCCAUGCAGCCGCAGCAAUAAAAUGAUCGAAAUUCAAAUACUUUCAAUUCUUAUCAAUUAGAACUCGACUCUGAGGGUAAAUAUAGCCGAGUCCUCCGCCUGAAAUAGCCAUGGAACGAAUUUAAAAUAAGUUAUUCUUUCAUUGAAAUCUCCUGGCCUCAGUUGUUCAGUCGAAGGAUGGAUAAAUCACUGUCCAGAGGAUGGGGCAGUAAGUUUUGUUUACACUUAAAUCAGAGGGCCUCUGGAUAGCGAUUUACCUGUUGGAUAGCGUUAUCUGCCCUUUGAACAACUAGGCCAGGCGGGAAAUAAUAUUAAAGGUAAUGAAUGUCAAAGAAGUAUAGAUAAAAAACAUAUUGUUGUCGAUCAUUUUUAUUCAGAGAAGAUAGCCGAGAUUUAUAUAACAUAUGCAUUUUAACAGUGGGGACGAGAGCGUGGUUGCGUCCCGAAUAGUAGAGGCCAAACUGUUGGCCAGUCUGUCUAUAAUUAAUUCCAGGAUUUCUCACAAUUUCACAAUCUUAAUGCAUGUUUGUGUGUGAAUUUGUUUGCCCUAGAUUCGUUUCUUCUUGCCAAUAAUUCUCGAGAAAGCCAAAAUAAAGAUAGCAAAACCCGUUAAUGCAUCCGUCUAAGGACAAUGAGGUACCCUAAAUGCUAAAUGCGUUUGUUUGUAUGUUGCAUCGGUGUUCACAGGCUCAGGAACGCGAGGGUGCCGCUUUAGAAAAGAUCGAUUCCUUGACUGACCGUGUCACCCAAGCCGGAGAAAAUUUGCGAGACCUGGAGCAGAGAGAUGAAGACGCCAGCGAGCGUGAGCAGUUUAACGAGGACAAGGUGAGCUUCCUGAAGGAACAACUAAAAGAAAUGCUGGCCGCAGCUGAAGAUCACGAAAGGAAAAUCCCCCCAUUAGAGCGAGUAAUCGACCAGAUGACGACAGAAAUACGCGAUUGGAACGGUAAGGUCGAGGAAGUGAGAAAGGAGAUGGAAGAUAUGGAGAUGUUGGUUGGAGGAGACUUAAGCGACGAUGAAGAUGACGUCAAAGCGGGGAAGAAAGCAGCGGUGCCAACGACUAGAGAAACAAAUGUCUGUCAAGAGCCCGAUGAGGAACCAGGAGAAGAUGACGAUGAAAGAGCGAGAAAUGAAGAGAGAAAGCGGUACGAUGACCACGACGACGACGACGAAGAGGAGGAGGAAGACGACGACUGA